AUCUUCCCAACUCUCUCCAACAUGAGAGAGCAGAAAGUGUGAGUUGAGUAAAGAUAUGGGAGGAGUUGACGUCCCUUAAAAAAACACCCCUGAAAUGUUACGCAUGGUACCAAACCAGAACGUUGGGAACGAAACCGAGAAUGUUCAACGUUACUGUCAGACCAACAAUCGGGUUAUUUACAACAAUGGACAGAAGAUGUACACUAGUUUAGAUUUGUUCACUACUCGGACACUUCGGACAGGGUUAUUGUGAGUAUUUGGAGACUCGUUUAGAUUCACUUCAUGGAGGAAGAGCCGCUGUUGACGGGAAACAUUAACCGGAGCUCAGGUGAUUAUGGAUCUCGUAAAGAUUCACUCGCAUCAACAGGACAAUCUGAUUCGGACACUGAAGACGAUGCCGAACUUUAUAUCCAGCAAGCAGUUGUAUUCAUUGAAGAUGCAAUUCAGUAUCGAUCAAUUAAUCACAAGGUUGACUCUGGAUCUUUACGGAUAUAUAGGUGGUAUUACUCCAAAAUAUGUCAAUGGGGUCUGGGCUUCACCAUUGCUGUUGUGUUGGCUCUGGCCUUCAUUGAGAAACCCUCCUCUCUGACCUAUACUUCUGAUUUACGCUUCAAACCUGAGCCAUGGCAGCCUCCGUGUGGAUUGACCGAGUCUAUUGAGAUCGUUUGCCUUUGCAUCUUCAUUCUGGAUGUCACUGUGAAGGGCUAUCUGAUUGGAUGGGAGGAGUUUCGUUCAAACAAAUGGCUAAUUGGCUAUGUAAUAGUCAUUUCAGCAUCAGUUAUUGAUUGGAUGUUGAGUAUUAGCAUGAUGUGCAAUGAGGGUUUAAGGGUCAGGAGAUUGAUACGGCCGUUUUUCCUCCUGCAAAACUCUUCCCUCAUGAAGAAAACUCUAAAAAGUUUAAAAAAGACUCUUCCAGAGAUUGCAAGCGUCCUUCUGCUUCUGGCCCUGCAUCUCUGUUUAUUCACUAUGAUUGGAAUGCUGAUGUUUUCUAAAUCAGAUGACCCCACAAAGAAUGGAGAGUGGCAAACAUACUUCAAAAACAUGCCAAUGGCCCUCUCAUCACUGCUGGUUCUUCUCACGACCGCCAAUAAUCCCGACGCCAUGAUUCCUGCAUACUCCCUGAACCGUGCCUAUUCUAUAUUUUUUAUACUGUUUAGUGUGUUUGGAACAUAUUUGUUGAUGAAUUUAAUGACGGCUAUUAUUUAUAACCAGUUCAGGGGAUAUUUUCUGAUGUCAGUCCAGACGUCUAUAAUCAGGAGACGUCUGGGUAUCCGGGCUGCAUUUGAGGUGUUGUGCUGUCCGGGGAGAGGACACACCAGCAGUCAAUCCGAAGGCCAUGUGGAGCGAGUGGCCGUUCCCAUGUUUCUGCAGGUCAUGGGUAGAGUUCAUAUGAAGUCUUACUACAGAGGAGCCAUCGUUAAGGCUGCUCAGCAGUUUCCAGAUGGCUUUAUCAGCGGCGAGGCCUUCCAGAACCUGUUCAACGAACUGGACAAAGAUUUUAUCAAAGAGCAUCCACAGAAACCCGAGUACAGUUCCUCUGUCCUGCAGCAAAUCCAGCGGAUCUACAGUCAUUACUACAUCACUGUACUGGGAAACAUCGUCGCUUUGGCAAACGUCAUGUGCAUCUGUACUGUGUUGGUUCUAGAUUCAGAGAAAUCUGCAUCAGAGAGAAAUUACUACUACAUGGAGAUCAUCAACUGUGUUUUCAUCAUGUACUAUUUAAUAGAGAUGUUACUAAAAAUACUGGCUUUUGGUUGGAGAGGUUACCUGUCUUAUAAAAGUAACAUUUUUGAUGGAGUUCUUACUGUUAUUUUGCUGGCGAUUCAGAUUGCUAUAUUAAUCACAUACAGGAUUUCUCUUUCAAAAGCGGAUUCGGGGUCAAAGGAUUUAAUAUCAUUAUGGGAGAUGGUGCGACUGGUCAACAUGUUAAUCGUUUUCCGCUUCCUCAGGAUAAUUCCAGAAAUCAAGUUGAUGGCUGUAGUGGCAAGCACUCUUGUAGACCUGGUGAAAAACUUACGGGCAUUUGCUGGAAUUCUAUUGGUGGUUUACUACGUGUAUGCAGUUUUUGGUAUCUGGCUUUUCCAGGGUGCUAUAACCGCCCCAUCAAACAUGAGUGUGAUCUAUAACUCCAGUAUUGUGAACCUCACUGGUGCCUACACCAUGAGUUGUGGCUCUUACGAACAACUGGAAUACUGGCCAAACAACUUUGAUGAUUUUGCUUCCUCUUUGGUCCUGCUGUAUAACAUCAUGGUUGUGAAUAACUGGCAUGUCUUCACAGACGCAUACACCAGAUAUACUACAGAGUGGUCUUUGGUGUACUUUGUGGCCUGGUGGUUGACGUCUUCAGUUAUGUGGGUCAACCUGUUUGUGGCCCUCAUUUUAGAGAACUUCACUUAUAAGUGGGACAGAAGUAACACGCUGUCUGUUGCGGAGGUGGAGAUGAUCGCAUAUCAAAGCACCGUUCAGCUCAUGUUCAGAGAGCAUGUCCAAGAGCCAACAGAGGAGGAAUUACUAGCACAACUACAACAACACCCUCAUCUCCACCUCACCUGGUGACCCUAAGCUCAUACACCCUCAUCUUCACCCCACGUGAUGUCUUUAAUACAUACAAUGACAUAAUUGUGGCAAAACACCCAGAAUCCUGUAGGAUUGUGAAGGCCUCGUGUUUACUAAUCCAUCAAUUUCUGAAGGCCUGUUUUCCAUUAUGGGAUCUGUGUUCAGGAACAGCGGUUUUUCGUGAGACUUCAGAUAAAGAAUUAAAGGGACACUCCACUUUUUUUUAAAAUAUGCUAAUUUUUCAGCUCCCAUAGAGUUAAACAUUUGAUUUUUACCGUUUUGGAAUCCAUUCAGCCGAUCUCCGGGUCUGGCGCUAGCAAUUUUAGCAUAGCUUAGCAUAAUCCAUUGAAUCCAAUUAGACCAUUAGCAUCACGCUAAAAAAUAACCAAAGAGUUUCAAUAUUUUUUCUAUUUAAAACUUGACUCUUCUGUGGUUACACUGUGUACUAAGAACGACAGAAAAUUAAAAUUUGUGAUUUUUUUUUAGGCAGAUAUGGCUAGGAACUAUACUCUCAUUCUGGCGUAAUAAUCAAGGACUUUCCAUGGCUGCAGGAGGUGCAAUGAUAUUACGCAGCGCCUGAAAAUAGUCCCCUUAGUAAGUUUAAUUGGCAGGGGAGUAUUUUCGGGCAGCCAUAAUCCUGGAAACCUCCCCAUAAAGUGUAAGAUUUACAGAUGUAGAGAAAAUCGCAGAUUAUGAAUACAAGAUAUCCUCUGUGUGCAGAUAAAUCAUGGAAAACAAAGGGACAUAGAUCAUUGCUGUCUUAAAUGUUUUUAUUUUUCUGUGUUGGUGAUUUCUAGAUUGUUAUUCAUUGUAAAAUAUUUGUCCAGUGCAUUUAUUUAUAAAAUAUAUUGAUUAUAUCUUGCAUUCUGAAUCUCAUAAAUUUAGGAAUGUCUAUAUUGUAUUUUGUCACCAAAAAAAAAAAAACGGUAAAACUUUACAGUAAAGUUGUAUUUGUUUUAACAUUCAAAUUAGUGCACUGACUACACUGCACCUUCGGCAAUCGAAAGGGAAGCAUGGCCUGUUUAGUGUUUUACCACAGGCAUUUUUUUUUCAAAGAAACCUUUGGGGCCAUGAUCCAGAUUUGGAAAUCCCAUGUUUUGCAAUCCAGGAUCAGGUAAACCAUUUAACUUUAGUCCUGGUUUUUUAAAUCAAAACUGGAUUGGGUCUUUUACACACUUUUCAUAUGAGCUAUUCUGGAUUACUGGUGUUAUAUAUGUGAUCACAUGUCAAUGUUGACUAUUAGCUAUGUAAAAAUACAGCAGGGAGUUUGGUCAGUAUGUGUUUUUACUUGAAAAGACAAUAAAACAACACAACAUU